GAUGUGGCAGAAGAUAAAGUCUCACCAACUAGAGCUCGGACCAUGAAGGACUAUGAAAAUCAAAUCACUGAUCUGAAAAAAGAGAACUUCAACCUGAAGCUUCGUAUAUACUUUCUGGAGGAACGAAUGCAGCAGAAGUUUGAUGGUCCCACUGAAGAAAUAUACAAAAUCAACAUUGAGCUGAAAGUUGAGAUAGAAAGUCUGAAGCGUGAUCUGCAGGAGAGAGAGAAACUACUCAUCAAAGCCUCUAAGGCGGUUGAAAGCUUGGCCCAGGGUGGUGACGCCGAAAUACAGCGCGUGAAAGAAGAGGCACAAAAGAAGAUGCAAGAAAUGGAAGAAAUACUCACUAGCAGAAUAAACUUUCUGGAAGAGAAUCUUAAAGCUGCCCAAGAAGAUGUGGAAAAAGCCAUUGCGAUGACAGAGGAGGAGAAAGCUCUGAGAAUAGCUGCUGAGCAGAAACUUUCUUCAGUUACGAGUGCCCCUGCAAAGGAUCUGGGUGUGAUUACAGGAGCUGAGAAAGACAGACUUAUAGAGCAACUGAAUCUGUCAUUGAAAAGUAAAGAAGCUAUAAUUCAACACCUUGAAAAGUCUCGGAGUGGAUCUUGUGAUGGGAACUUACCAGCAGAAAAUAUCAAAGAACUUACCAUUGCUUUGAGGCAUGAAAAAGAUAGUGAGAUAGAGGCUAUUAGAAUGGAGCUUAAAAAUGAGAGAAAUUCCUUUGAGAAAAUGAUUCAGUCACUUCAAGAAGAGCUACAGGAGAGAGAAAAUGAGCUUGCUGUUGAAAAGAAGAAUGGCUUGAAAAGGGAUAAAACCAUUCAAGGACUAACUGUUGCAUUAAAAGCAAAGGAAAAAGAGAAUGAGGAGCUUGGUUCUGAAAUUGAAGAUCUAAAUGCUUCACUGGCUAAGGCAAGAGAGGCAACUCACAAAGCACACAUCCAAAAAUUCAAGGGUGCUGAGGAUUAUCAAGCUCUCCUGAUGGAAAAAGAGACCCUCUUAGCAGAGCUACGUUCAGAAAACCUUACAAAGGAUGCUGAGAAUCGUAAACUACAAAGGAGGAUUAAAAGGACCGAUCAAGAGCUAAAUGAUUUGAAUUUAGAAAGAGAGAAAAUGGAGAAGGAGCUGGAUGAAGCACAGCUACAAAAGAGCAGAAGUGACAAAACCAUUAAUGAUCUUAGAAAUCAACUAGAGAAAUUACAUGGUGAAAUGACUGAGAAAGAAAAAGCAGCUGAACAUCAUUACAAUAUUCUUUUGAGUGAAAGCAAUCAGAAGUUGCAGAGCCAAGAACUAGUUAUCAAGCAGCUGACAGACAUUGUCAAUCAAAAGGAUCUACUGCUUCAGAAACUUGAUGGAACAGUGAAGGAAAAGGAUGUAGAAUUGCAGGAGCUCCUGAAUAAGUACAAGAACCUUCUAAGAGCCAAUGAAGAACUUGAAUUGAAAAAUGAGGGCUUAGUAAAGGAAAAAUGUGCUGCACAGUCACAACAGUCAAUCAUCAAGAUAGUCAGAGAGCUAGAGGAAAAUAAAGAAGCUGAAUAUGAAAAGUUGAUCCUUGCAUUAAGAAAGGAGCAAAAUAUUUAUUCUACACUAGUGAAGACCUUCAAAGAAUCAGACAGUAUAAAUAGCUUGCAAACAGAACUAAACAACAUUUUCAUGUUGCGAAAACAACUAGAAGACGACAUUUUAGCUAAUCGGAAUCUACAGAAGGUCUUAGAAGAUCAGAUUAAGGACAUGAAAAACCAACAAGAUGAAACACUGUCUUUCUGUGGAGAUCAAACAUCUUAUAUGAGUAUCUGUUUAGGAGAGCGAGAUCAUUUAAGCCUACAGAUAGACCAUCUGUCUCCUGAAGAACUUAAGAAAAAGGUUACUGAUCUUCUUUUGAUGGUUAAGGAUCUGCAAUCAAUUAAUCAAGAGCUUAAGAAAAAACAUCUUGGCCUUUGUACAACAGAUUCUCAAGGGAAGGAAUCCCUAAAAAUAUUAGACCAAAAUGAGUGUCUUGAAACAACAGAGGAGCCUGCGAUGCGGAGUGAAGGUGGUGACAAUGACAGGAAGAUGCAGAACAGUCGGUUUUCUGAGAGGGUCAGCCAGGUAGGACUCCAAGUCAACAUUACAUACCUGUGUAAUAACAAAAUGUUUGCAAUUUUUCAACAGAUGACUCCAUCAGACUAUUCAGAGAGUUUCUGCAAAGACAGACAUUACAGGAAUCCAAAUAAGCCUCAGAUUGAACACGAUACAACUGGCAAACACUUUGGCACAAUAGGAAUGAGUGAACAUGAAACAGAAGAGAACUUGCUCACAUCUCUUUUAAGAGAAAAUAAAACAUCUGUACUGGAAUCUACCAGACAAGAACAAACGAGAAUUGUAAAUGAACUGUUAGAUCAUCUGAACACAACUGAGCAAGAAUGUUCAAGUGAAGAUAUAGAGAAAAAGGAUGAAAAAGAUCUUAGGCAAAUGAUUAUUCAACUAAGAGCUGAACUCAAACAUUUCAAGCAGGUCAAUAAAUUCUUAAAACAGCAAGUAGAAUUGAAAUCAACUUUUGAUGGGAAAGAGAAGCUUUAUCCAGAUGCAAUGCCACAGAUUAAUAAGGAUAUUGAGUUGUUGAAAGUGGAAUUGAAAGAUGCAGCUACACAAACAAUGACUUUAGAGAGUAAUGUCAUGAGAUUCGAACAUGAAGGCGAAAAAGGAGCCUCAGAAGAAAAGCCAAAAUAUUCAAGAUUAAAUGCAGAAAGAGAACAUCAGCAAGAAAAUGUGUACAAGAAGGGUGAACAUCAUGAAAGGCAUUUUUUUAAAAGGAGAGCAAAUGAAACUGAUUCUGCUUACCUGCCCAAGAAGUCUCGUCUGCCUGUUCUCUUAAAAUCAUCCAGACCAUUAAGAAAUGUGCCAUUGAACUCCUGUGUGCAGAAGUCAGAUUCAAAACUACAGUGGCAUAGCAGGGCACCUUACGAAGGUCUGAAAGCAUGGGAAGUACCGAACAAACAAUUUCAGCCACAAACAAAUGGAGAGUUAUUAUUGAAUGAGUCUGUCACUGAAAACCUUCAAGAAGAGCCUGCACAGGAAAGCACAGCAAUGAGAGUUGACUCAUUGCUCAAACUGGGUAAUAGUGAGGUCCAGGUCAAGCUGCAAGAUGUUGAUCCAGAUGAGGGGGACAAGAAUGAAUAUGCGAUGGACAAAAAUCAACAAAACUAUCAAGAAAUGCAAAAUCAUCAUAAUGUUAGCAACGUGAAUAUCCAGCAUUCAUUAGAAGAGAUAAAUGAAGAGUUUUAUUCCAUGGAACAUGAGGGCAUUGGCUCAGCCACUGCAUAUUCAGGUUCCAAGUGCCCGUGUUCUCACAAAUUGAGUGUAACAAGCACAGAUGCACUAGAUGACUGUGAAGUCAUAGACGAUAUAGAAGAAUUGAAACAAAGAAUUAAGAAUAUGAAGUCUGAGCUUGAAAAGUACAGAAUGUUCGUGUUUCGUUUACAGACCUCUGACCAGCUUUUAUUGAGUGGUGUUUCCAAUGUAGUUUUGAGUGACACAGCCUUGCCUGUGGAAGCACAUGUUACACAAGUGCGAGAUACAGCUAUGCAAGAAAUCAAAACAUUUUCUAGUGUCCAUCAGCUGAUGAAUUAUGAGAUCCACACUGAAAAUAGGAAUUCAGAGUCUUCAAGAGCACCUGAUGCAUGGACAACACAAAACCUUAAGGAACUACUAUCAACAGAUGAGGCAGAACUUGAAAAAAAGCAAAUUGCAAAUAUGCAUCUUGAUGAAGGGUAUCAUCUUCAGAACAAACUAAGAGAAACAUCACCAUCCAAAUAUGAUUCAUUAGUUCAUUCGCAAGCUCGAGAACUCUCCUUUCAACGCCAGCAAAUUAAAGAGAUCCGCGGUGGUUGUGUUGCUUACCAUCAACAUCUGACGAGCCUUAUUAAAGCUUUUGAGGAACUGCUUCAAGCCAGUGAUGUAGAUUAUUAUGUUGCUGAAGGCUUCCGCGAACAACUGAAUCAAAGUGGGUUAUUGUUUGAGAAGCUAGAAAGGAAAUUCCUGUAUGGAGAAGCAAUAGGUACAGAAGUGACUAUACUUUAUGAAUUAGCUCAAAGGGAUAAUGAGAAGAACACCACAAUGUACCAGCAACUGAAGGAUGAAUCACCUAUACCAUCUGCUCUUCAUAGCUUGUCUGACUUUGACUUGUCGGAGAAGUCGUCUCUUGGAUCACCAGAGCACAGGCGUGACCUCGAAGGACAACAUGGCACACUGGCGCUUCUGCCAAACGAGUUUCCCCCGGAGUUAUUGAUGGAGCAUCUGCAAGAAAUUAGAAUCCUGAGACAGCGUUUAGAAUACUCCAUAAAAACUAAUGAGAGACUGAGGAAGCAGCUUGAGAGACAAGUAACAUACAAGGAACUAGAUCAAGGUUCUGCAAACAUUUUUAUCCAUGGCUCAGAGCAGCAUAAUUCCCUGACUUCUGAAAUACAUUUCCUGAGGAAGCAAAAUCAAGUCCUGAAUGCAAUGCUAGCAAAAGGAUCCAGAGAUAAACAAAAGGAAAAUGAAAAGUUAAGAGAAUCUCUUUCUAAAAAGAAUGCAAUCAUUGAGCAUCUUCAUGAGGAUUAUGAAUGCAUCAAAAAAGAAAAUGAAAGGUUGCAAAAACAAAUUGGUCAAAAGGAAGAUGACAUCAGAUAUCUGACAUGUCAAGUUUACAGCAGUCGUAAUGAGUUAAACAGGUUGCAAACAGAAAUUGAUUUAAAGCAACAUCAGGUCUGCGAGAAUGAGAAGUUACUGCAGUCACUCCGAACGGAGAUCAAGGUUUAUGAAAAUCUGGAAGAAGCAAGAAGGAAAAGGACAGAUACCAGAUGUGAUGCGUCAGAAGAAUUCCGAAAAGAUCAGAAUAAUCCACUUGACUUACAUGAACUAUUGACUGAAAUACAGAGUUUGCGAGUGCAGCUUGAAAGAAGCAUCGAGACAAACAAGUCUUUGCAUGAAAAAUUAGAGGAACAGCUUUCAAAAGAAAAGAGAGAGGAAGUGGGAUCUGUGUCAGCUGUGAAUAUCAACUAUCUUUUCAAACAAGAAUCUCAGCAUUAUGCAGCAAUGAAUGAAAAUCUUUGCAAAUGCCCUGCUACCAGCAGAAACAUUUGUGAGCAGAAACAUGGACAUUGCAUUUUGCUAGCGAAAACAGGUACGCACUCAGCCUCUAGAGACGAUUUAGAUUGCACUUCCCACUGCAGCAGCGCUUCAUCUUCCAGUACGGCGUGUACCCCGCGUCUUGUGCCUGGACAUCGUAUGUGGGCAGACAAAAACGGGCGCCACGUCCUUGGCUUGAUCGAGGAUUAUAAUGCUCUGCGGAAACAGAUUUCAGAAGGGCAACAGGUUUUAUCAGAAAUGGAGAUUUCUUUAGGAGAGGUCACUGGUAUGAAACUGCAGGAGUCUGGAAUAAAGGUACCAGACCAGGCAUCACUGCACAGCUUUUCUGCAAACAUUCACACAGUACAACAGAUUUUAGAAGAGGCUGCACGUCUACUGAAACUCCUCUGGAGAGUUUCCCUGCCGCUGAAAGCCGUACACGGUACUACUCAUGGCACUCAGGAUGAAGGAAUGAAAGCAGAAAUAUUUCGGUUACGUAAGAAACUAUCCGAGCAAGAGAAGAAGUUACAUAGCACAGUGAAACGCUUGCACUCCACAAACCAGCUGAAGGAAAACAUGGAGAAAGUCAUCAUUGAUCAGUUGGUUUUAACUCAUGAUGUCUUGAAGAAGGCUAGAGGAAACCUGGAAGUCCCGCCAGCCGAGAAUCAAAACUCACCUUCCUGUACCAGCAAAAAGAGGAUUCUCUGAAGGAGAACGUUCCACUAGUAAAGACUGGUCCUGUGAGUUAUUUGCUUCUUUAUGCCUUACUAUUUAUUGGUGUAAAAAUGUUUAUUCAGCUCUUUUAAUGGAAUCAGCCUUUGACCAAAAAAAGAAAAAAAACAAAAAAGAAAUCUUUUGGUAAAUAACUUAUUUAACAUUUUCUGUAAUGUAAAAAAUUGGUUUUAAUAUUUAUUACAGAAGCAAGGUACUGGAGGUAUUGAAGAAAAAUCCAGAUUUUUUUUUUAAAGUUGGCUCAUUUGAAAUUUUGUAUUUGUACUUGUCGUGUUAUAAAACUAUUUGCUGUUCUAGUCAAACAGGUCCUGAAAGAAUCAAGAACGUGAUCCACCUUCCAAACUGUUUCUCUAUUGCUAGAAGAAUGUAGGUUAAAAAAAUUUUUUUUAAAAUUUCUGCCGGUUGUCAUUGUUUUCUAGCAAUAUGAGAAAUAUUCAAUAUUUUAAAGCAUUUUAAACAUAUCUGGAAGAUUCUUCUGGAAGCUGCCUGAUGCCGAGCUUU